AUGAAAAACCACACCACUGUGACGGAGUUUGUUCUCCUGGGAUUCACUGAGGUUUAUGAGAUCCAAAUUUUUCUCUUUGUCCUGCUCUUGGUUAUCUACCUCUUGACUUUAAUGGGUAACUUUCUCAUCAUCUCCAUCACCCUUCUCGACUACCGUCUCCACACCCCCAUGUAUUUCUUCCUCCGGAACUUCUCCUUCUUGGAAAUCAGCUUCACUUCCGUGGUCAUCCCCAAAAUGCUGGUCAAUCUAUUAUCGGAGAAGAAAACCAUCUCAAUAACAGCUUGUUUCAUACAGUCCUUCUUCUAUUUCCUCCUGGGAAUUGCUGAGUUCUUCCUCUUGGCUGCCAUGUCCUUUGACCGCUAUGUCGCCAUCUGCAACCCACUCCGCUAUCCCAUCAUAAUGAACAGCCGGCUCUGUGUCCAGCUGGUGCUGAGCUGCUGGCUGGGAAGUUUCUUCUUUGUCUUCAUGACCACCAUUGUCAUUACCCAGCUCCCUUUCUGUGGCCCUAAUGUCAUCAACCAUUUCUUCUGUGACAACUCACCUCUGAUCAAACUGUCCUGCACAGACACACGGUUCAUCGAACUGGUUGAUUUUAUUUUUGCUAUCAUCAUACUGCUGGGCACGCUGGCUGUCACCACGGUGUCUUACAUCAACAUCAUCUCUACCAUUCUGCACCUGCCAUCAGCCAAGGGGAGGCAAAAGGCAUUCUCCACCUGCUCCUCCCACAUCAUUGUUGUCAGCAUGUUUUAUGGCAGUUGCAUCUUCAUGUACAUCCGGCCCAACCAGAGCAUUGGGCUCAACAUCAACAAGGGAGUCGCUGUCCUCAACACAGUGGUAACCCCUUUACUGAACCCCUUCAUAUACAGCCUCAGGAACAAGCAAGUACAUGAAGUCCUAAGAGACACAAUGGGCAAAAGAAGAAAAUGA